GAGGGUUUGAGCUCAGAUACAUGGCAAUCUGCCUUUGCUUUAAUGGCAAGAAGAAGACGUGCAAAAUCUGUGGAGAGCAAAGAUCUGCAUUUGACAACCCGCCGAGGAUCUGCUUUUCAGAUACAACCUGAAGAUGAAGGCAUCCCGCUUCCUGGCUUACAGCCGCCUCCCCUGAGCUCCCCUGGAAGUGAAGUGCUGGGAAGAUCGGUGUCUGCCAUCCUUGCUUCCGAUCCCCAGCGAAUGGCGACAGUGUGUGAGAGGCUGAAAGGGAGGCCACUGCCAACUACCCUCAGAAACUCUGUAUGGAUUGAUAAACUGCUAAACACAGACAAAGUGUUUCAUAAAGCAAUUUCUUUACAAAAUCUUGAGAAAGCUGCCAGAGAGAAGUUUGGCCGAGCAGUGGGACACAGGGUGGCUGAAUUGAAACUCAGAAGUGCCACUCGAUCCCCUGUCUCGGGCUUGAUUGAAAACGCUGUGGUGGAGAAAUAUGAAAGGACACCCUGUAUGCAAACUUUUGCUACCAAUGAGCAGAUGAUCUCAGAAACAAGCAAAGCAUUGAACAUACUCUAUGUGCACAAUGGGACUUACGAGCCUUAUCUCAUCCACUGGCUCUUUCCUUUGCAAAUUGCGUUUAAGCAAGCAGAUACUAAGGCUGAGCACUGCUACGAACUGGCCAUGUACCUGCAUUUUCUCAUCCAGAAGUUCCCAUCCUGGCCAGAGAUUUUUACCCUGGCAGAACGUGUCAUGAGACACGUGGAAGAGGAGGACCCAGACUUUUAUGCUCAUCUUCAGCUCUGCUCUUCCAGGAAUGCUGUCUUUGAUCCCAAGGAUUUUUUGGCCGAGCUGAUCGCUAGAGAGAGGCAGCAGGUCCAGGAGCUGUUGGAUGUUACAGACAGAACUGAUAGGCACCAAGCUAUCAGCAAAGAGCUGCUUGCAAACCCCCUUCGGAAAUGGAUGGGAGAGGGAUUCAUGAGUGUUCUAGACCUGCCUGCAGUGCUGCUGAUAUGGGACCAGCUUUUCAUGCAUGACUGGAGUCGGAAAGUGAUGGAAGAUUUCUGCCUUGCAGUCUUGAUGCUGCUUAAGGACCCUUUGAUGACAGCAGAUAGCUAUCAGUCUAUGAGACAGGUCUUUCUAGAUCACGCCAGCCAUCUGUUCACCGCUGAUAUUCAGAAGGGCUGGACUCACCUGCAGCAAGGGGGACUCGCAGCGGAAAUCCCAGCAUUUAAUAGAUUACAUUUAAGAUUGCUCUAUGGACCAUUCCCAAAACAAGGGACAAGAAAAGAUGUAGGUCAAGUUAACCUGGGAUAUAUCCUUCCUACCGGGUUGAAAGAUGUGGUUGUGAAGUUGAUUUUAAAACAUCCCAAGUCUGAUGCCGCACAUAACGCCUGGCUGAAGGAGUUUGAUCCGCAUGCUGUUAAAUUAACUGUGUCCGUGUUUUACGGGAAUGUAAAGCUUCGCUCCGAGUCCAGCCUUCUCAAGCCAUCUGUCGAGAAAAGGGCACCCGGAAAGGAAACAGAUGAGUUCAGACUGCAAUUCAAUGAUACGUUUGUGUUUGACUCCCUGGACCCGUCUGAAUUCAGGGAGGUGGACCCUUCAGAGGACAAGCCUGUCCUGGUCGUGAAGCUGCUCUACAGCCCAGCAGACCAAAUUUGCUGAUUGAAACUUAAUGCCUCAGUUACCUGAAAUAUACUGAUGCCACUAAGAGUUCUUCACUCCAGUAACACUUGGCUGGGUAAAAGUGG